UAUACAUAUAAACUUGCUUUUUGUGGAAGGUUUUGAUCAUGCCACCACUUCAGAAAAUCCAAAUCAUGCCAGGUGACAAGACGUAAGUGACCAACUGUUAACAUUUGUCCCAAACUGCUGCUGCGUGCGCCUAAAUAUAAGGCUAACAGGAACACCCAAGCAGAAUAACCAGAUCUCUUAAAGUUUACAUAAUCCGUGAUAAAUUUAUGAUAAAAUGACGCUCUUGGGCUUUAAUAGCGUCUCAUCUGUGGUGGAUUAUUGGACAGGCGUUCACCGUCGAUGCCUUAAAUGCAGAAAAGGGGUCCUGUCUGUUUGCGCAUGUCCGACAGAUGAUGCUGCUUUAGCAGACAGCAGCACGAAGAGCUGACACGCUGAUUACAAUCCUUAUCAACGUUAUGUCGCCACAAAAUGAAGUUUCCUUACUCAAAGAUUCCUGAGGACAGGAGACUUCAUCUGAAACCUCGGGGAAAUUGUGCCAAAAUAAACGCACCUCUGUGUAUGGUGAGGAAAAGGUGUCCCGUGCUGCAUUAGUUGAAGAGUGACAUGCUGGCCCGCCUGCCAGCAUCAGUUAAGCCUACCAUCAGACUACUUUCCCGCACGCAGAUGAACACUGGACCUCCAAAAUGGGAAACUACACAGAAAAUGAGAUCUGCCAGCUAUCCAACCCCAGCAGAGUUGGAUGCCUAUGCUAAGAAAGUUGCCAACAACCCUUUGACCAUCCAGAUCUUCCCGAGCAGCGUCAAAGUACCUCAAAAGAAGCACAUUCGUCGCACAGUCAACGGGCUUGACACAUCCUUGUCCAACCAACGCCAGAGUCCCUACUCCUCUCAGGUCGGCACCAGUGGUGGCCUGCUGGCUGUCCUCCGUGCACCUGUCAAAAACUCAGACACUAGCCACGCCCGACAACUACAUAAUUCAGUCAUGAACCCUCACAGUGGGCCCUACACCACUGAAAGCACUUUAAACCAUCCUCAGCCUGCUCCUCACCUACAGGGUCCGUCUCAGUCUGCACUCCAGAAGCAGAACUUGGUUCACCCUCAAGCACUACAGCAACAGCACCGUUUGACUCAUCCAAUGGCUUUACAGCAGCCUCACCCACAAGCUUUACAGCAAAGGAAUAUGGCUCGUUCACAAGCUCUCCAGCAGCAACAGAGCUUGUCCCAGAUUCAGGCGCCACAGCAGCAGAGAUUGGCUCAUCCACAGGGUAUGCAGAGACAGCAGAGCCUCCCUCACACCCAGACUGUGCAGCAACAGCCACAGCAGGGCCAGUCAUGUUCGUCAGUUGUACCACAGCAGCAUCUUUCUCAUCUGCAGUCACUAAAGCAUCAGGCGGCUCCUCCACAAGCUUUACUUUCACAGCAAGGAGUGACUCAGGAUCUGCGCCACAUAUCUGAUGGAUCUCAGCUUCCGAGCAUGCAGCACACCCAGGGGCUAGUUGGGUCGCAGGCCCUUCCCCAGGCUGUUGCUGCAGGCCCUCCUACCAUGCCUAAUUGCCCCCAGCAAGCCCGACUGGGACCUUAUGGGCCGCAGAAGCUCCCUGACCCAGAUGCCCCACCAAAUAUAACUGUAUCUACCUCCACCAUCCCACUGUCCAUGGCAGCCAGCCUGCAUCAGAACAGACCUGGUGACCUGAGCAUCAUUGUGCACCAAAUCAACCAACUGUGUCAGGCUCGGGCUGGUAUGGGCACCACCUCAGUCUGUGAGGGACAGAUUGCAAACCCCAGCCCCAUUAGCCGCAACCUGCUCAUCAAUGCCAGCUCAAGGGUGUCCUCUCACCACCCAGCUCUGGGCAACGUACCCAGCAGCCUCAUGGUGGGACCACCAGACAAAGCUGCAGCCCAAGCUCCCAGCGUUUCUCUCAAUUCACAGCAGAGUAUAGCUGCUGCUAAUAGUGUACCUGCUUUUCACACCAACCCUGAGAAGGUGGCGCAGCAGCAGCUUCAGCACCAUUUACAUCAGCAGAAACAACAGCAGCAGCAACAUUUUCAGCAGCUUCAGCAGCUGCAGCAGCAACGCUCCUGGGCUCAGCAUCAGUUAGCCCACAUGCAGCAGCCUCCUGAGGGGGCCAAUCCUUGCAAGAAUCCAAGGAUGGAACCUCCAGCUGAGUGUGCUUUCCCCUCCAGAAACCUCUCCUACAGCCACAAGCUACCAAACAGUGCACAGAGCUUUCCCCUAAAUCAUCCUGCAGAAAAACCGCAACCCUCAUCCCCUGUUAAAUGCCCAGCAAGUUCUAUGCCUUACAUUAAUGGCCACUACAUGAAGCCACCGUGGAGCAGCGUUCAAGCAACAGCAGGAAACAAUGGCCCUCAAGACCUCUCAAUGGCUUUCCAGGGAGGACAGGCUGCUGCUUCCAGAGACAGAAUCCCAGGGGCAAAGUAUAGGCCAGGGAAGGAGGGUCCUAAUGACCAGUCAGAGCUGAUGCAGAAUGUGGAUUUCUUAGGUGGGGAUUUUCAGAUGCCCAGCUUUCAGGAGCAGAAUGUGGAUGCAAUGGGGAAUAUACACAGGUCCGCCAGGAGCCAAGUUCAGGAACCUGGCAGCAGCGGAGCAGUCCAUGCUCAUCGCCCAGGCUACUGUUAAAUGUGCGUUUAUGCCCAUGUGGCGUGUACUGAAUUUUUUGUUUUUGUUCUGGUCUACAGUUGCUUUCAGCUUCUGUAUUUUACUCUUUAAAACCUUCAAAGUGAGCAGUUAAAUUGCAUUGCUUCAGAGCUUGAUUUGGAGACCCACCAGGUGUGAUGUUUCAAAGUAUUCCUCAGGUCUUAAGCCAUGUCGUACUUGUUGCAGAUGAAGGGUUUUUGAGAUCGUUGUCGACUGUUUUAUCUCUGGCACAGAUGUGCUGCUGUUUGUUCAUAUAUCUAUGGUGUUCAGAAAUGUUAAUUUGCAGCUGAGACUAUGCUUGCCUUAUGAUUGUCACAGUGCUUUUCAUAGGUUGACAUGGAACAACUCAACUUUUAUUAGCAUGUGUGGCCUUAGAACUGCCCAGAGGCAAGAAUAGGAUGUCUUUGUGUAAUGUUUUUAUUUGCAAUUAUUUAUCUUCCUAACAGCUUUGAUCCAUUUGAAUGGGGGUUACUUGUAUAUGCAAUUAUUAGGACUGUUGACAGUGCUCAAUCCCAUAGCUGCAGUGUACAUUUGUAAAGGGGCCUGGGUGUGAGCCAGAGCUCCCCUAUCAGGAAUACUAACAUGGCUUCUGAACGAUAUUGUUGGUGGUCCAGGUGAUUUUUGACAUUGCUCUUGGUGGGAUGUUUUUUGGUUGUUGUUGUGUGUGGUUUCUCUUUUUUGUUUUUUUAAAAAGGAAGGAAAAAAACCCAAACCUGCCAGAACUAGCAAAAUCGGUAACCUUCUCCAUUUCUGAGAUUCUUGUAGUGUGGGAGUUCUUUUUAAAUGUUUCUUUUUUUGUUGUUUUUGCAUUUCUGUACAUUGUCUUACUUGAAUCAUAGAAUUUGCUUUUAAAUGUCAUGCUUAACAUUUGGAAAAGGGGCAGAAACUCUCAUUAGCUCCCCACAUGUUAAUCUUUAGGCAAUGUGAAACAGAAUGGGUCCCAUUACUUUAAACUGAGCGUGUCUGUAUGUGAAAGGUAAACUGAUCAUGUGCAUGCAUGCAAGUACGUCAGAUCAUGCUACCGGGGAAAAUGUCAUUUCCCUUGAGCACAGGUUGUCACCAUUUUACUACUGUAAUGCAAGUGAAUUGAUGUGGUGUGGAUGUUUCCUUUUCUGUGGGGCUUGUGGUCAGUUGUUCAUCUACUAGUCACCGGCCUUACCACGUGUCGUAUUUUUGUGACCUACAAAGAAAGAACUAAGAACAUGUAAUGCAGGUCAUGUUUUACUAGAUGUACCAUAGUUGAUGUUGUCUGGGCUUGUGUUGCUAUACUACCCUCAAGCCUUCUGGAAAAAGCCUUAAAUGACACACUAGUUAUAGUCUACUUUAACAGUUUCUUUGCCAGGAUCACAACUUUUGUAUGGCUGUGAGGAAGGUUGUUUGUUUUGUCUUUUUGUUGUUGUUGUUGUUGUUGUUUGCCCCUGAACUUUGGUUUCCCUGUUUAAAGCUAAUGUUUGAUUAUUUGGGAGGUGUUAACAUGUACAGGCAGUAGGAAUGGAUGAUAUUGCCUUAAGGUAAUAAUGCUACUCAUCCCAGAUUAUAAAGCCCUCAUCCUUCUGUCUGAAAUGUUGCCUAUCUAAGGAUUUAGGAUAGCGGAGAAAACAAAUGACUUAAUAGCAGAUUUAAUAGGUAUUUAGACCAGGGAUGUAGCAGUUAUUUUAAGGUAUUUGAACUGUUUUUAGUUGUUACAUGUAAUAUCCUCAUAGUUUAAUUUAUUUUUUGGACCACUGCAUCCUGAAGCCAUAGGUAUUUUCACAUUAGGUGCCAUAGGUGACAUACUGAUGCAGGCAAUAGGUUUGCAUCCAUGCUUUAAUGUCUUUCACAACAGCAGUUCUUUUUUUCCUAACUGGAUUGUUCUCAGAACAUUGUACAGAUUAAAAGGGAGAAAGAAUUGCAAGAUGAUAAAUCUUCAAAGAGAGACAAUUCUCUUACAAGCUGUAGCUUUUCUGGAGUUCAGUCUUUGUACUUAAUGGCAGUUUUUUACUUUUUAAUUUACUUUUUAGUUUAGGUUUUUUGUUUUUCCUGGCUCUCAUUUUUGAUGUGCCUGCCCCCUGAAGCUGCUAUUAAAUUAAAUCUUGACACACACGUGUGUGUGUGUGUGUGUGUGUGUGUGUGUGUGUGUGUGUGUGUGUGUGUGUGUGUGUGUGUGUGUGUGUUUCUGUGGUGAUGAUAUAUGGGCUGUAUCAGUGAAAUAAGUUCCUAUUUAUUUGAUCGGUGCAAGGUGAAAGUUGUCACCAGUCAAAUGCAGGUAUGUUUGGCUGUUUGUAUGUCUUACGAGCCAAAUUUAAAGAAGAUUCUGUAUUAAUGAAUUAAAACUGACCAGUAUUCAAGGUGGCAGAGUGAAGUCUGACCCACUGUGGCCUAAAGACCUUCCAAGCCUGUUUGGGUUUCUUUAACAUUAAGUUGACUGGGUGAAAACACUAAAGGAUUAGACAGACUCGCCCUGUUAAUGUUGAACUGCCUCGUUACAGCCCACCACAGUCAGGUUCUGCAGUUUCAUAUGAAGUGCCUCCACUGGGUGUAGUAUGGAGAUGUGUGUGUGUGUGUGUGUGUGUGUGUGUGUGUGUGUGUGUGUGUGUGUGUGUGUGGGAGAGAGAGAGAGAAAGAAAGAAAGAGAGAGGGAGGGAGUGAGACUGAGUGCUUGCGUGUAUGUUAAGCUUGGGUACUUGCACACAGGUGUGCAUGCUGACGGAGGUGCACAAAGUUGAUCUCUGAUGGGGGGGACCAAGCUGCUUAGUAUAACUACUGAUACUGUGUCAUGGACUGAAGUCCUGGAGUGUGCCACGAUUCCCAAACACUGUCAGGAUGUGUGAACUGUUUGCUGCUGACUCACUGACCAAAGUGACCAGAAGUCCCUCUCUAACCACUCUGGCUCAAAGCCUUUUGAAAGCUUGUUAAUGAGCAGCAUCCUGGUGACCUAACAAAAAGCUGCUGGGGUUAAAUAAAGUCUUGUGAAGUAAAAGUAACGAUGUGAAAUGCGCAUUUAUUUAAAAAAAAGAAAAAAAAAAAGUAAAUGACUAAAAAAAAAAUCUAGAGUGAGUAGUUCCUUUCUGCAGAGUGCACCUCAAAUGUUCUGGUUUUACCCAGAAAUCUGGAAAUGCAUUAAAAUACAGAAAUAUUGUACAUGAACUGCGUCAAGACUCACAUCUACUUAGCUCAGCUUUUAAGUUGAUUCAGAUGGCAAUAUUUACUGGGGCACAGACAUAACAACUCUCUCUAGAUUUUGACUGAUUUAUAUAAUUGUCUUUGGUUAUCAAAGACAGGUUGUGAACAGUGGUGGAGGGGGGCUUACUUUCUCUACUUUGAAAAUGUGAUAUUCCAGUUUUGCCUAACCUUCAGGAAAAAAUGUCUUGCACAAACAUUCCCCUAACCAAAAUAAAGUUUUCAA